AUGGGAAUGAAAAUUUGUGACGGGUGUAGAAUUAAACUUACGAAAGUUUUAAAAAACUCUGCAUCGCCUGAAGCGGGACCGUCAAGUGCCAAUGAAUCUCCCAAUUUUAAGGCUGAUUCUGAUGCUUCACUUGAUGCCUUGAACCAGUCUCUGGAGCUCUUGGGAGAAUCUCCCAUCAAAAGGAAACGACUAACCAGUCAGAAGUUGGAGAAAGUCAAAGUAGUGAUAGAAAAAAGGUUAUCAGAAGAUCUACGUAAAAGAGACAAUCCAUCAUCUAAAAAUGUAGGUGACAAACAUGAUUGUGAAAUAAUAAAACAGCUUAAAGAAAAAUUCGCCCACACAUCAAAAAGAAGCGAAAAAAUGCUUUUGCUGUCAUGUUUGCCGUUAAGUUGGACCAGGUCGAAAAUUGAGCAAGAGUUUGGGGUAUCACAGUAUAUGGCUAGAGCCGUAAAGAAAAUGGUCAAAGAAAAGGGGAUUCUUUCCACACCGAAUCCUAAACCGGGAAAAACGGUGUCGAGUGAUACUGUUACACUCGUGACGGAAUUUUACAUGAGAGACGAUAUUAGCAGAAUGAUGCCCGGAAAGAAAGAUUGUGUCGUUAUUAAAAAAGAAGGUAGCAAAGAAUACGCACAAAAAAAAUUGCUUUUGGCCAAUCUUAAAGAAAUUUAUGCUCAGUUUAAGAGCGAAUAUCCCCAUGUUAAAAUCGGAUUCACCAAAUUUUAUGAACUCAAACCAAGAAACUGCAUUUUUGCUGGGAAAAGUGGGACGCAUACAGUAUGUGUGUGUACUGUGCAUCAAAACGUUAAGCUUAUGAUAACUGGCUCCAAGAUAAACCAAUUCAUCGUUAAUGAAAAUCAUAAACCCGUUUUUCCAGACUAUCAUGCUUGUUUGUCAAAAAUAAUUUGCAAUCCGCCAAAUGUGGAUUGUUUUUUCGAUAGUUGUCCAACUUGUCCUAGAAUUGAAGGUUUAAAACAAAAUUUAAUGGAAAAGUUUGAUGAGUUUUUCAUUGAUAGUGUAACUUAUAAAAAAUGGGUAUCAGUAGAUCGAUGUAAUAUGGAAACAAUCAUCAAACCUAUAGACGAAUUUCUUGAUGAAUUCACUCAAGAUUUAUUAAAACUAAAAACGCAUUCGUUUAUCUCUAAUAUGCAAAAAGAAUUUUACAACGAAACAAAAACAAAUUUAAAAUUUGGCGAGGCACUUAUCACAUGUGAUUUCGCUGAAAACUAUUCCUUUGUCCUGCAGGAUGAGGUACAGUCGUACCAUUGGACUACCAGUCAAGCGACCCUUCACCCUUUCGUAAUCUACUACAGAAAUGAAGAAGGUGAACUGAAGCACUUAAAUUACGUGUUUAUUUCAGACUGCUUAAUACACAAUACUAUAGCUUUUCAUUUAUUUCUACAACAACUAAUAGCUGAACUUAAAGAGAAAAUUAUAAACCUUUCAAAGAUUUACUACUUUUCUGAUGGGUGCGCAGCCCAAUACAAAAAUAAAAAAAAUUUCAUCAACCUUUGUUACCAUCAAGAAGAAUUUGGGGUAAAAGCGGAAUGGCACUUUUUUGCCACUUCCCAUGGCAAGAGCGCUUGUGAUGGCCUAGGUGGUACCGUAAAACGUUUAGCAACUAAAGCUAGUCUUCAAAGGCCAUACCAGGACCAAAUUAUGACGCCAGAACAACUUUUCCAAUUUGCGCAAGAAAAUAUAGCCGGUAUCACAUUUAGGUUUUGUACAACUGCUGAUUACGAAACGCAUGCAAUGUAUUUAGAAAAAAGGUUUGCUGAAACACUAACUAUUCCUGGAACUCAAAAAGUACAUUCAGUUAUUCCAGUUUCAAAAUCAAAGAUAAUGACCAAAAGCUUUUCACUCAGCUUGGAACAAAAAACCCAGGAACUUUUGAGGUGUUCUGAAAUCACAAAUUCUGAACUAAUGUCUCUUCAAUCUGGUUUUGUGACUGUGGAAUAUGAUAAGUUAUGGUGGUUAGCCUGUAUCAUUGGACAUAAUGAAGAAUCUGAUGAACUUAAAAUCAGUUUUCUACAUCCAAAUGGACCGGCUAGUUCAUUUUAUUAUCCGACACCCAGAGCAGACAUUUUAGUAGUAGAAAGAAAUGCAGUAUUAAAGAGGGUUCAGCCUCUUACUUCUACCGGUCGAACCUACACGCUUACCAAAGAUGAAAUGUUGGGUUCUUCAAAAAUUUUAGAAAAAAGAAACUAA